UGUUUCAAGAUCUUGGAGGUCCUGGGACGCUGCACUGGGACGCCAACGACAGAGGAUGCAUUCUGCCACAAGAAAAUGGUUCCACCUGCCACUGGGCUGCAUUAUGCUGGCCAGUCUGAUCAACGCGGAUCUUGAAUUUCAAAAGGGCGUGCUUGCCAGUGUGAGCCCGGGGAUCACUGAAGACAUAGAUCUCCAGUGUUGGAACAUGUGCUCUUUGACACUGAUAAAUCUCAAGGAACUUAAGAUAGAGCACAAUGUGGAUGCUUUCUGGAAUUUCAUGCUGUUCUUGCAAAAGUCUCAGCGGCCUGGACAUUAUAGUGUCUUCCUAAACAUAGCUCAAGAUUUCUGGGACAUGUAUAUAGACUGCUUGCUUUCAAGAUCUCAUGGAAUGGGCAGAAGACAAGUGAUGUCUUUCAAGUAUAAUUUUCCACAGAAACUAACUGGAGGUAACAUAAAUGAAUACUUUAGAAAGUAGCAGUUUGGUUUUACUGCAAAUUCAGUAUUGAGUCCUUCUGAUUUUUCAAGUUUGUCAAAUAAUCUAGUAAAUUUGUCAUAUUUAAC